AUGAAUGAAAUGGCAAGUGGAGGAAACACGGAUACCACAGAACGGAUAACUCGAAAUGAGUUAAACAAGAUAAUUUCGGGUGAAGUAGUCAAGGCGUUUGAUGCAAAUGUUGCGAAGCUAGCGCAAGAAGUGGAGAGCCAAGUGUUGAGUAGUGUGGAAACUAUGGUAACGAGUAAGAUAGAUGAGUUGAAAGAAAUGAUAACUGGGAUUCAAGGCAAGAAGGAUGUACGACGAUGUACAUAUAAGGAUUUUAUGGCAUGUAAGCCUGCAACUUACAAUGGAGAAAUUGAUUCCAUUGAAUGUCAAAGAUGGAUAGCUAACAUGGAAGGGGUGUUCAUACGAAGUCAUUGUGAUAAAGAAGAUCAAGUCAUGUUUGCCACGGGGCAACUUUUACGAAGGGCUAAAGAUUGGUGGGAUUCGUAUAGUAAAGAGAUCGGAGAGGAUAGAGUUCAAACUUUGACUUGGCAAGAAUUCAAACAACCUUUUAUCAAGUACCAUUGUCCACAAUCACCCGUGAAUCGAAUCCAAGAAGACUUUCUCCGACUCCGACAAAAGGAUGAAUCAAUUGAUGAGAUCACAAACACUUUCCUUGAUCAGCCGAAGUUUUGCGGAGAAAUAGUCGGAACAGAGAGGAAGAAGAUUAUCCGUUAUCAUGGCAUGCUUAAGGCUGAAUAUCGGGAGUUCAUAACUCCUUCUAAAUGUGAAACUUUGGACGAGAUUAUUGACCUGGCAAGGGAUAGGGAGAUUGAGAUAAAGAGGCAGGUUGAACGCGGGGAGAAAAGGCAAGUCGAGAAGGGGUCAAAGCAAGGAGAAUGCUUAUUGGGAAAGAGAGGAUGUUACAACUGCGGGCAAGAAGGGCAUCCUUAUUAUAACUGUCCAAAUCCUAAGAGGGUGUGCUACAACUGUAAUGAAUCGGGCCACGUGAAGGCUAAAUGCCCAAAACUCAAACAAGGAGCGAAGAAAGAAGGAAAGAAGGAAGAUGCAGCCAAAGCUAAGGGAAGAAUGUUCCAAAUCUCUACGGAAGAAGCUAGAGCUCACCCGAAUGUGGUGUCAGGUAUCUUUAUGAUAAACUCUAUACCCACUUAUGUGUUGUUUGAUACUGGGGCUAGUAGAUCAUUCAUUUCUAGCAAAAUUGCACAUUCCCCUAUGUUCACGAUAGAAAGAAUGCCUACACCACUCGAGGUAGAAAUAGCCGAUUGUAAGAGUUACCUUUUACACGAAAUAUGUAGGAAUUGUAGAAUCACUAUAGAGGACGAAGAUUUUGAUAUUGAUUUGAUUCCCAUGGUCCUAGGAGAAUUCAGGGUAGUAGUAGGUAUGGAUUGGUUAUCCCGCCAUUAUGCGAAAAUCUUAUGUGAAAGCAAAAUUAUUCAUGUGACAUCUCCUUGGGGGAGACGGGUAAGUAUUCAUGGGGAAAGGAAAGUAGAGGCAAAAUUUUGUACUAUCUUAGAAGCGGUUAAGUGUGUGAAGAAUGGAAGUAAGGCAUUCUUAGGCUAUGUUUUCGACACAAAAACAGGUGCUUUAAGGAUUGAAGAUACUAAGAUUGUGAACAAAUACCCGGAUGUGUUUCCGGAUGAAUUACCGGGACUCCCACUCGAGCGAGAAGUCGAAUUUCGUAUUGAAUUGGAACCAAAUGCCAAACCGGUAGCCAAGGCCCCUUACCGGGAAGUGCAGUUCUUAGGCCAUGUAAUUAAUGAAAAGGGGAUCUUGGUGGAUCCUUCUAAGGUGGAAGCCAUGAUAAAAUGGGUACCCCCGAAGAAUGUUAGUGAAAUAAGAAGUUUCCUUGGUCUAGCUGGCUAUUAUCGGAGAUUCAUCCAAGAUUUCUCCAAAAUAGCCCUUCCUUUAACCAAGCUGACAAAGAAAGAAGAAAAGUUUGAAUAG